AUGUUAAAAAUAUAAAUAGAAUACAGCGCAAACUAAAAGAGACGUUUAUAAAUUAAAAAAUAUAAAAGCCAACCAGAAAAAUACAGAUUAACUUCUCGUAUAAGAAACAUAGAUUUAACCAAGCCAAAUUUAGUUUUCCCAUUAAAUAUACCACUUAAAUUCAGAUACAUAUAUCGUCCUUAAAAGCAUCCAAUCAAUGUAGCUUUUCACGAUUAUAUAAACUUUAAAUUAUUAUCUGGAAACGAAAUAUUAUUAUAUUUAGAAUAGUACAAAAAUUUAAGACCAUCGGAAUUAUGCUCUGCUUUAAUAGAAUUAUCAAGAAGAGAAGGAUCUUCAGACAUUGAUUGGAAUAAACAUGAAUGGGUAAAUUAAACGAUUCAACAUGUAAAAUAAAUGCUACCAUAGUAUAGUUCUUCAGUUGUUACUUAUAUAAUAAUAGCGAUAUAGAGAUUGAAAAUUGAAGAUGAUGAAUUAUGGAACAAAAUAUAAACCUAAGUAGAAAAAUGUUACCCUAAAUUUAACCAUAAAGCAUUCGGGUACUGCUUUAUAGCAUUUUUAGAAAAGGAAAACAGAUGUACUGAAGAAUUUAAAAAUAAAUUACAGGAAUUAUUGCCUAUUCAUUUACAUUAAAUGACACCUAAUCAUGUUACUUAGUGUUUUGAAUUAUGUAUUUAGAAUAAUUUACUUAAUGAAUAUUUAUUCGAAUAACAUUUCCAUAUGCUUUUUUGGAGAAGAAAUGUAUGGUUCGGACCUGAAAAUAUUGCUAAAAUGUUAACUAUUUAUCCAAAAUUAAAUUUUGUGGAUAAUAUUAAUUUCUUUGAAGAUGCUAUUUUUGCUAAUAUACCUAAAAUAAUGAAUUAAUUAAAUGAAAAUAAUACAAAAAUGCUUAUUGAUGCUAUAAAUGGAUUAUAGAGUAAAUAUCCAGAUUUGAAAGAUGGAAAAAUAUUAAAAACUUUAAAUUCUCAUCUUGUUUUUUGUCAAACAAAACUCAAAACUAUAGAAAAUGCUAAGUUUUAUAAUAUUGUUUUAAAUGAUUUUUAAAAAUACAGAGAAUAAUAUAAUCCACAAUAAUAAUAAUGA